AAAUCCGAUUUAAGAUUUUCAAAGCAGAAAAACAACGUAGAUGGAAUACUUUCACUUACAAAUUAAUUAUUCAGUCCUGAGUUGUGCAGCUUUUUAACAAAAAGAACAAAACUGACGCAAUAUUUCUAUUUAUUAAUCAAGAAAAACGUACUGUAAACGACCUUCAACAAACCGGCUCUGUAGUUUAAACAGUUAAGAGAAUUAUACUGUUUAAAGUAUAAUUUGAGUGUUAAAAUGUACAAACAAAAUUGAUGGCUGGAAAUUAAAGUGGUAAAAUAAUUCAUGUUCGUGUAUUUCAUGAAGGUCAACACGUAAUUUUCAUAUUUGUUUCUAAAUUUUCGAGGUUUACCGGAAGUAGCACAAGUUGAAGGGGAACAUGGCAGCUUGUGUGAGUGCUAAACAUGGAAUACUGGGCAGUAAAGCGUCGCUUGUUUACUGUCUGCACAAAAAAUUAAUGCCGACAAGUGUUUGUAUCCUAAGAGGAUCAGAAAUACAAAGUGUGAGAGCGUUAGCCAAUGCAACAGUGGGAUCUCAGUACAAUGAAAAGUACUGUCUGGACUUGGUCAGGUCCAGAGACUAUGAAGGCUUUUUGUCGUCUCUCCUCCUCCCAGAGGAGGUCCGGCUCUCCUCUUUAGCUCUGAGAGCCUUUAAUGUGGAGCUGGCACAGGUGAAGGACUCAGUUUCCCAGAAGACCAUUGGUUUGAUGCGAAUGCAGUUCUGGAAAACAGCCAUAGAGGAGAUCUUCAGAGACGACCCUCCAAACCAACCAGUCAGCACUGAGCUGUGGAGGGCAGUGAAGAGACACAAUUUGACAAAAAGAUGGCUGCUGAGAAUUAUUACAGAAAGAGAAAAGGACUUGGAUGACAAAGCCUACAGGAACAUUCAAGAACUUGAAGCAUAUUCAGAGAACACACAGUCCUCUCUUUUAUACCUGCUGCUGGAGUGUUUAGGCAUAACAAAUGUCCACGCAGAUCACGCGGCGAGCCACCUUGGUAAAGCUCAGGGGAUCGUAACGUGUCUACGAGCGACCCCGUACCACAGCAGUAGGCGGAAAGUCUACCUGCCCAUGGACGUCUGCAUGCUGCACGGAGUGUCGCAGGAAGACUUUAUCCGUGGCAGCCGGGAGCAGAAGGUCCGAGAUGUUGUGUACGACAUCGCCAGUCAGGCUCAUGUCCACCUGCAGCAUGCACGGUCAUUUAGUCACAAUGUUCCAGCUGCUGCCUCAUCGGCCUUCCUUCUCACAGUGGUGUUAGAAGAUUAUCUCCAGAGAAUUAGGAAAGCUGAUUUUGACGUUUUCCAUAAAAGCGUGCAGAAAAGAAAUCCACUCCUUCCGUUUCACAUGUACCUCCGAUCCUGGAAGAAGACCUACUGAGUUCAGCUCUUCCCUCCCAGUGCAUCACAGUUUGAUUUGCUGGAGACCAAAGACUCAGUAGCAGAUCUACAAACUCCAGCAUCACCUCUUUACUUUAACCACAGACCACAGGGGAAUGGGGUUUUAUUUCACACCAGCUUUAGUUUUUGAAGCGCUUGUUUUCAACUGUUUUAUGUGUAAAUAUGCAUAACCCCCCCACCCCACCCAAAAAAAAAAACGAAUUUCUUGUCAUGUGCAUGCUGAAAAGAUAGUCAUAUCUAUUUAGUAUUUGAAUAAUUUCUUCUUUUUCUGUUGGUUUAAUGUGAUUGUGAAAAUAAACUUGGUUUGAUUUUUUUGUUUCA